CCAGCGAAGUCACAUGAUUUGUUCAUGUAAACAUGGCGUGCAGGCGGAACGGAGCUGACCGUGUUAGAAGUUUUACGGAGGUUUUAGAUCUUUUAAAGAUGUUUCUGCUUUUGUUUUGUUUGUUUUCGGCCGUUCGAGCAGAAAUACGAACGGCUGUGAUCGACAAGCAAACCGGACAGCUGUCUGUCAUAGAGGGAUAUCAGGAGGAUUUUGUGGCUUGGGCGAACUUCACUAAUGAUAUAGAAACGUCAGGGUGGUCUUUCUUGGAGGUGACUACCAGCAGUCGGUACAACGACAGCAUCCAAGCUUACGCUGCAGGUGCAGUUGAGGCUGCAGUAACAUCUCAGCUGAUCUAUAAACACUGGAUGAACACUCUAAUGGGUUACUGCGAACCCUUGAUGUAUGAAUCUGCCUACUGUGAGCGCCUUAAGUCUUUCAUCAUAACCAACAUGCAGUGGAUUCAGGACCAAAUAGAGAAUAAUCCAAACUCACCCUACUGGUACCAGGUGCAUCUGACAUUGCUGCAGCUCAAAGGUUUGGAGGACAGCUACAAUGAUCAGCUGUCUUUGCCAAUAGGGUCAUUCUCCCUCAACCCAUUUGGCUUCCUACUUUUCCAAAUGGGCGGAGACCUUGAGGACCUGGAAUCGGCUCUGAAUAAAUCCAGUCAAACCCGACCCAUUGGCUCUGGCUCCUGCUCUGCACUGAUUAAGCUUCUGCCUAACAAUAAGGAACUGCUGGUGUCACAUGACACCUGGAACACCUACCAGGCCAUGCUGCGCAUCAUGAAGAAAUACAUUUUUGCCUUUAAAGUUUCUCCUCUAGACAACUAUGUUCUUCCUGGAAGAACUCAGGCGUUCUCAUCCUACCCUGGAUCCAUCUUCUCUGGGGAUGACUUUUAUAUCCUAAGCAGCGGCUUGGUUACUUUGGAAACCACCAUUGGCAACAGCAACCCUGCUCUCUGGAAAUAUGUUCAGCCCACAGGAACAGUCAUGGAGUGGCUGAGGAACAUUGUUGCAAAUCGACUCGCUGCUACUGGCAAGGACUGGGCAGACAUUUUCACGAAGUACAACAGUGGAACUUACAACAACCAGUGGAUGAUUGUUAACUACAACCUCUUCACUCCAGGGAAGACUGACAUCACAGAAGGGCUCUUUGUCGUGUUGGAGCAGAUUCCAGGACUCGUCAUUUACGCUGAUAAAACUCAGGAACUGCUGAAGAAAGGAUACUGGGCUAGUUACAACAUACCGUACUAUGUGGAGAUAUUUAAUACGAGUGGCUGCAAUGAGUUGGUUGAGAAGUUUGGCCCUUGGUUCUCCCUGGACCAGAAUCCUCGGGCUCAGAUUUUCCGAAGAAACCAGACGGAUGUUACAGAUGUGGACUCGAUGGUCCGCCUCAUGAGGUAUAAUAACUUUAAGGAAGAUCCACUCUCAAAGUGUGACGGCUGUGAUCCACCUGAGAACGGAGAGAAUGCGAUCUCAGCGCGGUCAGACCUGAACCCAGCUAAUGGAACAUAUCCAUUUGGCGCCUUAAAGCAGAGACCACAUGGAGGAACAGACAUGAAGCUGACCUCCUACGAGAUGUUCCGAGAGUACGGCAUGGUGGCAGUGAGCGGUCCAACCUGGGACCAAGUGCCACCCUUCCAGUGGAGCACUUCCCCCUACAAAGACCUGCUACACAUGGGUCAGCCUGAUGUAUGGCAUUUCAAGCCUAUAAAAGUCACCUGGACUCCUUAACUGGUAUCAGUAGUUCCAGCUCUAUGAUGUUUGACAAAGGGAAAUGACAGAAAAACAGUCAUCACUGCUUCUCAAAGAAAUCUUUAAGUGAUACAGAGUUUAAUAAUAUACCUCUAUUUGAAUAAGAAGACACAAAAUUUUAUUAUUUUUUUUUUUUUGCAUUUCUCUUUCUCAUGCAAAAUAUGUGAAAAUCAAUAUAGUAAACCCAAUAAAUAUGCACCUUUCUGUGGAGAAAUCACCAAGUAUUAUUACUUACAUUUAUGCUGAUGAACAUUUUCUGUAACAGUUGUUGCAAAUGUUUUAAUCCUGAGAUAAAUCAUUUUUGAGUUAUUCAGUAUUUUCUGAAGUGUAGAUUUUUUGUAAAUAACUUUUUAAAUAGACUUCAGAGCGAUCACUUCUUUUUAAAAGACGUGUGUUUGUGUGUGAAAUAAAACAAGAAAACAUGGUCAAAGAGAAUCAGGAGCUCAAAGUAAAGCUUGAUGAAGCUCUGGAAAAACAUAAAGAGAUCCUCCAAGAGAAAGAACAGCAGGACAUCGAGCAGAGAGACAUGCAGUGCAAACUCCAAGGCAUGGAGGAAUAAUACAGAGCGCUGCAUAUAAAGCAUAAUAAAACACUGCACAAAAAUCAACAGUUGCUUCAAGAGAAGAAGCAACUGGACGAAAAAACAGAAAGAAAUGGACUGCAAGCUUGAAGACAUGGAAGAAAAAUGCAGAGUGCUGCAAAUAAGGCUCGAUAAAACACUGCAGAGAAAUAAAGAGUUUGUUCACGAAAAAGAGCAGCCGGACAUAAAACAGGAAGAAAUUAAUUGCAGGAGAAUUGGAGGAGAAAUACAAAAUGCUCCAAUCAAAUCUUAAUGAAACACUGCUCCAAAAUCGAGAGUUGCUUCAAGAGAAGGAGCAACUGGACAUACAACAGAAAGAAGAAAAACUUAUUCUCCAGAGGAAAAAUCAAAAACUCCAAGAAUUUUAUAAUGAAAUGAAGUACAAAGCAACUGAACUGGAAGCCGAAAAGAAAAAACUGGAAAAGCAAUGCUCAGAGAUGCAGAGUAGCAUCAAUGAAAUCCUGAGAAAAAACACAGAACUUGAGGAACUUUCUAACAACUUGAAGUACAAAUACACUGAAAUCCAGGUGCAAAAGCAACAACAACAGAAAACACAUGAAGACCUGCAGUGUACACUUCAAGAAAUCCAGAAGAGAAACCUGCAGUUAGAAGACAUGCACAGGAAAGUAGAACAGAGAAAUACAGAUAUGCACAAGGCGAAGCUAAUAGAGGAGGCAACAUCUAAAGAACUGAAAGACAAGCUUGAAGAAAAACAAGCACAAUUAGAAGACGUGGAGAAAAGAUGCAACAAACUUGAGGAACAAAACGUAGAAACAAUUGAUGAGUUGAAAACCCUCAUCCUUGAGAAAAAAGUGCUCAUAGAACAGUUCCUAAAAAAGAACAAAAAAAGCUUCCACUGGUUCUGGAAGAGAGACACUGCUGCUCCUCACCUGAUGUAACCUAGUCUUCCUCCACCUCUGUUCCAUCUUAAUUUUCACCUCUUCUCUCCCCUCUCUCCCUUUCUCUCCUAACACCUAUCCCUCUCCCUCUUCAUCCCUUUUCUUUUUUCACCCUCACCCCCCGACCAGUCCCAGCAGUUGACUGCGCCUCCUGAGCCUGGUUCUGCCAUAGGUUUCUCCCUUCCAUUUAAAGGGAGCUUUUCCUAUCCACUACCACCUAGUGCUUGCUCAGAGGGGAUUGUUGGGGUUUUCUCUCCUCUCUCUCUUUCCUUCUUUCUAUCCCUCUCUUUACCUCUUCUUCUACCUUUCCUUUACCCCUUUCUUUUCAUUCCCCCACCCAACUUUUCCAUUUCCUCCAUCAUCUCCCUAUCCGAUGUUCCCUUUUGAGAACAGAGGGUUGGGAGAUAGGGGAGAACAAUAAACACAACUGGCCACA